AUGAGAUAUCAGGAGCAGUGCUUUGGUGAUGGGUUCAAGGAACCCUAUUGCCUUCUCUUCCGCGAUGGAAUCGCUGCCUUACCCCUUCUGGCUUUCUGGUUGCUCAUUCCAGUCUACACAAGAAUCGUGAGGAAUAAUGAGCCGGAAUUGAGAGCUCCCAAGUAUUUUUGGGCUCAUUUGCUUAGAACUUACUCAAUUUUCAGAUUUUUGGAAUUUAAAAAAAUCUGA